AUGGAGCAAGACCCCGACUCACCACCCACCUUCUGGUUCCAACCACCACGCGCCACCAAUCGCCGCCGUACACCACCCAUUGACCCGGUGGUUCUCAUCAUCCUCAUCCCCAUACUUGCACUUAUCUUCCUCUUCUUCUUCCUCCCACCAUUUUUAUCUCACUUUUCACAUAUUUUAUCACAUAUUUCUAAACCGGGUUCUGUAAAGUCCACUUGGGAUUCCCUUAACAUUUUUCUUGUUCUUUUUGCUAUUCUUUGCGGUGUUUUGGCUCGUCAAAACGACGACGCUCCAUCUAGUUCCACUGACGCCAGCAACGGUUUUGUAACAGAGGGUAGUAGUAGUGGUCAGUCGUCGGAUCAAUGGACCGGGUUUUCGGAUCGGAAAGUGGUUCCGGGCGGGUUGAGGAGAAAUAGCAGUUCGUAUCCGAAUUUGAGAAAUGAAUCCGUAUGGGAGAGCGAGAAUCGGAAUCAGAAUCGAUUUUUUGACGAUUUUAAUUUGUAUUCUUCUCCGGCGAACCGGUAUUAUAACAAUAAUAACCGGACGGAGAAUUUGUAUCGGCCAGUUGAGCUCUCCAGCGAUAUUCAUCGACGAUCACGGCGGAGUGAAGCAGAUAGAGUUGAAUUUUCCGAUGUGAAGGAGAUUUUUGUGGAUACUGUUGAGGUUAGUUCAAAUACACCGGGAUUUCAACAACCUCCGGCAACUCCACCUCCUCCUCCGCCACCACCGCCGCCUCUGCGUUCAUCUCCGGCAGCUAAUUCAAAGAGGCAUUCGUUCCGAAGUAUUGCAAAGAAUGUAACGUUUGAUGUGCCGCCGGAAACUGAAUCUGAUGUGUUCGAUGAAAUGAGAUCAUACACUCCUCCACCUCCGCCGCCACCACCUCCUCCGCCGUCGACGGAGGUGAAGGUGCAUCGAUCGCGUAAUAAACAUAAGAAAUUGGAACGGAAAGUGAGUGACGCUACGAAGGAGAUAGCGACAGCGAUAUCUUCACUGUACAAUCAAAGAAAACGGAAGAGCAAACGGAAAUUGAGAGAUAAUUCCGGAAGUUCAGAUACCUCUCCACCUUCCGUACACUCGGUACGAUCUGAAACUGAACAAAUCUCACAACAAACACCUGCACCACCACCGCCUCCACCGCCACCACCGCCGCCGUAUAGGUUCCAAAACCUGUUCAAAAAAGGAGGCAAACACAAGCGGAUUCACUCUGUUCCUGUAACCGUUUCAGGAAGAGUUCCACCACCGCCUCCACCACCACCACCGAGCUCAAUAUUCAAUAACAUACUCAAAUCCGUUAGCAAAAGCAAACGGUUUCACUCACACUCACACUCACAUUCGCAUUCAACAGCUCCUCCUCCACCUCCUCCGCCUCCGUCUUCAAAAACAAACAGAGUAUCCAAAACUGAAAGCAAGAGUAAACGUUUCAAUUCUAUAUUCUCACCGCCGCCGGCACCACCACCGCUACCACCGCCAAUGACGCCACCGAGAUACACAGUAAAAUCAAAACAAAUAUCUUCAAAUAGAAGAAAUGAAAGCAAACCGCCGUUACCUACGAAAACAGGCAGUUACUAUGACAGGGAGGAGUUUCUACCUAGUGGCUCACAGUCGCCGUUAAUUCCAAUGCCACCUCCGCCACCGCCGUUUAAGAUGAAGGCUAUGAAGUUUGAGCUUCGUGGUGAUUUUGUUAGGAUACAGAGUACACACAGUUCUGUGUGUAGUUCACCGGACCGUGAUGUUGAUAUUUCUUCAUUGGUUAUGGAUGGUGGAGAUUCUAUUGGGCCCGGUUCGGGGUUGGGUUUGGGUUCUGGGCCCAGAUUUCAUCCUAGCCCAGACGUGAACGCUAAGGCUGAGAGAUUUAUAUCCAGGCUUAAAGAUGAGUGGAGAAUGGAGAAGAAAAAUUACGGUAAAGAGAAAAUGGGUUGA